AAAAAUCUUAUUUGAACACUUUUUUAACACUAUUUGUAAGGGCAAAAACUUUCCAACGGAGGGAAAACCGACUCUCAUCUGGAAGAUUCGCACGCCACGCAAGGCUCCUCUCUUCUUCUUCUUCUUCUUCUUCUUCAUCUCUGAUCUGAUCACAACCCCCCAGGCAAGAGCAGGUGAAAAUGGCGAAGGACAAGACGGUAGGUGUGGCGAUGGACUUUUCGAAGAGCAGCAAGGCGGCGCUACAGUGGGCGAUCGACAACCUCGCCGACAAAGGCGACAUCCUCUACGUUAUCCAUGUCAAUCCUCACUCUCUCGACGAGUCUCGCAAUCUGCUCUGGUCCAAAUCUGGCUCUCCUCUGAUUCCUCUGGCGGAGUUCCGGGAACCGGAGGUUAUGAAGAAGUACGAAGUUCAAACGGAUAUGGAAGUUCUCGACAUGCUUGACACUGCUUCUAGGCAGAAGGAGCUGAAAGUAGUGGCAAAAAUAUACUGGGGAGAUGCCAGAGAGAAGGUUUGUGAAGCUGUUGGAGAUCUGAAGCUGGAUUCUCUGGUCAUGGGAAGCAGAGGUCUGAGCACCAUUCAAAGGAUCAUUUUGGGAAGCGUGACCAAUUACGUGAUUACAAACGCAGCCUGCCCGGUCACCAUUGUCAAGGACCCCGAUUUUCAGAAACACUGAUCCCAGCUUGACAAAUUUGACUUCAUCAUCACCAUCACCAUCACCAUCCCCAGUGUUCUGUUUUCCUUCUGUAAUAAUAUUUGGAGCCUCUUCUUCUCCGAAUGUAACUGCUCCAAUGGCGAUGGCGAUGGCGAUGGCUUUGCCAUAAAUACAAGUGUUGUUUCAAGACCAGAUAAUAUCUAUGUUUUGCAAAUGAGGGUUUGGUUCUGUAUAAGGUAAAUGCGUGGUGGUUUGAUCAUGAUUCUCCAUAUGUUUAUGAUUUGGGAUUAAUGAAUUAGGCUCUGUUUGAAUAUUUGCUUGAUCCAUCCAACCAGCAUCUAUGGCUGGCAGGCACGUCCAGCCUCUUUAUCUCCA